CCUCUCCUGUUCAUACCUAUUAGAUAGUAUAUGCCCGCGCAUGCCGCUACUAGUUGGUAAAGCUAUUUCCAUGAAAUUAAAUUGAAAGAAUUCGUAAAUGGACCUCCGAAUAACUUCAAUCAUUUUCAUAUUAAGCCAGCUAUGGAUGCUUAGUAAAGCCGAUUUCCAAAAUGACUUUCAAGGUAUCGCUCGUGGAUCCAAUAUCUUACUUCAAUGGGACCCAGUCAACGAGACCGACUAUCCCCUCAUGGUUCGCACAAGACUUAUCAAUCAGACCAGCGAAUAUGGUGCGGAUUCGAUAGAAGCGAACAUAGCGAUCAAUCUUAACAGCACUUCCUUUCUCUGGAAGAGCGUGCCAUAUCCUCUCCCACAUAUCGAAAUGGCCAAGUACGAGGUAGAAGUGUCUGUUCAAGACCCAGGCAGACCGACGGCUUCAAACCACGUCCUAGCAUCUUCGCCUUAUUUUACCAUCGCCAAGUCAGAGGAGGAGGACAGUUCGGCUGAUUCUAGCAAUGCAAGGCUUCCACUCCCUCGAGAAAAAGAACCCCAGCAGCUUACAGUACAAUAGCCCCCCAGCGGAACGAUAAUAUUACCGUCUAAGCCAACGAACCAGCCUAAUCAGAAUGGAGGAAUUAAUAGUAACACCGCAAUUGCGGCUGGGCUAGUUGUGCCAGUGGUUGUCAUACUCGCGGUUUUUGGGUUCGUGUGGAUGCGCCGACGGCAGAGGAGAAUACUUGAAACAAGGAGAAAAGAAAGGGGGCAGCUCUGUAUUGACUAAAAGAGGCCUCGGAUGUCGUUGAUUUAAUGUAAUAAGCCCUAGUUCUUUUUGACGAUGUUGAAGAGAUUUGCUUAUAGAAUAUGGGAUGCCCCUGUAUCCCCGUUUAUUCCUAAACAAUUUUCAUCCCAUCUCCUGUGAGGCGCUAUCACGUGUGGAUGGAAUGCCGGCGUGGCUGAGAAAUGCGAGAUAUCUGUAAAGUAAAACGGAGCUCUCGUUUAUCUACUCUGGGAUCGCGAAGUAGGCCUGACUCAAUGAAGUAACAUUGGAAGAUCUACUAUCGUAUUUGGUAAUUGCGUGCCUACUACAAGAUAGAGAGAGACUGGCGUUGAAGUCAGCAUUUAUAUAGAAAGUCGCAUUCGUAAUAGCUAUGUGCAUAAAUAUACGGAGUUGGGUGGUCC